CCGGAAGUACCCAUUUGGACUCAACACGCGGAGUUUCUUCAGAAACGUUUGGAUUCGUUUCAAAGCUGUUUAACAAAACAAUCAACAUUAACAUAGUUGUACUUUUAUAUUAUAGUCCUGUUGGCUAGCUUGGUAAUUGUUAACUCAUGUUAGACUCGAUCCAACUAUAUACGUUAAUAUAAACAUGCGGUGACGCCAGGGUAAGGUAUGGAUGACAUCGAUGCGGAGUUGGGACUGGGAGAGACCCAUCGGGGCGACCUGUGGGACGAUGACCUGGAGCGAGAGGAGAGGGUCGCACGGCCGGCUCUGCCUGUGAAGGUACCGUGGGAUAAAGAGACGCGCUUGGAGACGGGGUUCCACCGCUCCGCGCGGCUCUGUCUGCGCAGGAUUCAGGGCCUGAUGCUGCAGCAGCGAUGGCAGGAGGCAGCGCAGUACAUGAGCAGCUACACCCAGACCCUGGAGGACACCUCCAUCACCUCCAUCACCUCCACCACCUCCACCAGCAGCCAGCUGCAGGCCAGCGAGAUUAUUUGGAAGCUGGGGACGGGGAUUCUUCAACAGCACCCGAACGCCAAGCCGGAGGAUUUCAACUGUUUUUACGAGCGCAUGAAGCACAUAGGGGUAAAGAACUACCUGAAGAUUUGUCUGGAGCACUCCUUCCACCUGCUGGCAAACGGGCAGCUUGAGGACGCCAAGCGGCAGUUGUCCGUGGCGGAGAGCUGGAGAUACGGGAAGAUCUCCGCGUCCCAGUCGCAGACCAUCCGGCUCAUCCAGGCAUACCGAGCCUUCCUGGACUACUUCAUCUGGCAGGAGAAGAAGUCGGCCAUCUCUGGAGGGGAUGACUCUGACAUGUUGGCCAACCAGGAGAUGCACGUCUACUUCAGACAGGCCUCUGUCACUCUGAAGGAGCUGCUGACGGAACCAGGAGUGUGGGACCCGUUUAUCAUCAGCUACGUCAAUAUGCUGGAGUUCUACGGUGACCAGGAGGGGGCGCUGAGCGUGCUGAAGGAGUACGCCUACGACAGCAGGUUCCCAUCCAAUCCCAACGCACACGUGUACCUGUACCAGCACCUGAGGAAACACCUGGCCCCGAACAGGAAGCUCAUCAGUGUGCUCCAGAUCCUCCACUCACUGCUCCCCUGCCACGAGCUGAUGCUGGAGCUCUGUGACCUUCUGCUGCAGACAGCAGAGGAAGAGAGUCUCCAGGAGGCCCUAACUGUCAUCUUCAGUCUCCUUGACUACAGCGGCUGGAAGAGCAGCUUGGAGGCCUGGUCUGGCCUGCGGGACGUUCUCCGGCAGCUCAAACGGAUGAAGCUGAGGCGUUUGUCUGCAGUGGAGUGGGGAAACAGAGCCCCCUGGUGGCCAGCCUAUCACUUCAGCACGUAUCACGCCAGGAGGGAUCUGGAGCUGCGCCCUGCGCUGGCCGAGGUGAAGAGCUCUGUGGCUGCAGCCCUGAUGGGCAGCGACUGCAGCUACUGCAGGAAGAGGAAGAAUCUGCUGGCCGAAGAUCGGGCGAAGAAGCACAAGGCCCUGUUAAUGAAACCAAGGAAACGGAAACACUGAUGUGAGGGCCCCGGUAACUCGCUCUGCUCUCUGUGCCGAACGGAAAGCCCUAAUGGAGGCAGCCCAUGGGCUUAUUUCAGCCAGCACCUCCUUUACCGUCCUGGGCCCACCUCUCUACCACUCUCCCUGAUCCCUCUCUCUGAGAGCAGGGUGGCGGGGAUGCAGGAGUCUCUCAGUAUGAUGGCCGGGCACUUUCUGUGGAAAAUAAAUGAUGAAGUGAACCACUGUAGCAUAUCCUGCUGUCUCCUUACUGCAGCGGGUAGUUUAAGGUUCAUUCCCACAGUCACCACCAGGGGGAGCGCUCAGCGCGGGUCUGUGCUGAGUCUCGGUCUGAGCCACACGUCUCCUCCUGUGUGCGGCGGGAGAGGCUGACUACGCCUCAGCGCUCCGCUGCUAACAGGGGCCCGGCACGUCCUCGAGUGAACCCCCAACGAACCGCAGCCCAACCCCGGAACGAACCCCGGAACGAACCCCGAAUCUCCCGGCUGUACAGCGCAGGUGGAGGCCAGCGUCAUUCCGACAGGCGGACUCAGAUCUGUGCCGAUCACGUCGGUGAAUGUCUCAGAGCUGUUACCAUUAAAAACGCUGCGACGCUGUACGUGCUGA